AUGGCCCAUCAGCAAAAAUCAGCAGCAAAAUGUCCCUACCAAGCAUCAAAGGACCUAGAAUACGAGAAUAGGAUACAGGCAGCGAUAGAGGACUAUAAACGGGGGCUCUACAUGUCAUAUGCAGAGGCUGCGAGGUUAAACAACGUUGCCCGUCAUACACUUCACGAUCAAGUGAAAGGAGUGCACAAGACAUACCAACAAGGUCAAGAAAAGAAACAGCUCCUAUCUGCAGCAGAAGAAUCGGUUUUGCUUGAUUGGACACAACACUAUGGCACCAUGGCCAACCCCUUGUGUCCCAAGAAGCUUCGGUCAUGUGUGCAUGGUAUCUUGGGAAAAAUCCCUGGAAAACAUUGGCACUACAGGAAGCAGAAGGGAUCAUACCGCAUCUCGGAUGACAAUUUGGAGCUUGUUACGGUGAUAGAGCACAUUAGCGCUGCUGGAGUGUUGAUGAAGCCUGGUUUUGUGUUGAAGGAGGGGCCAUUGCCUGAUUUAAGUGCCGUCGAGGGCAUAGGAAGGCCAGUCGUUCUUACUUUGAAUGGCCAUGACCCGCAUGAGCAACCUCCGCUUGAUGUUGUUGUGUUUGCCCGAGUUGGAAGGAGUUGGAGUUCGCACACAAACCGCAUUGCAAUAGAAGGCAUCAAAAUUGAUUGUUACAACAUUGUUCCAGAGUAUCUUUCUAUCCGUCAUGUUAUUACACCAGAACUCAUCUGCACGGCCUUCAAGGAGACUGGUAUCUAUCCGUUCAACCCGAAUAUCUUCACGGAGGGGGACUUUGCGCCAAGCCAAGUAAUGUCCACAUCUGCUCACUUCCCUGAUAGUUAUCCAAGUGACAUUGACACAAGCAACAAGUCUUUCCAUACAAGCGACGGUAGUAACGAGUCAGACACCGAGUCAGAUCUGAUGUGGGAUGACUCCCCCCCAGGACUGCUUGGUUUGACAGCGCUCCCUGGCCCAACAGUUGAAUUGGACGGAUACCAUGACCAAGAACCCUCUCAGGAAUGUCUUUGCCACCACUCCCUCCUGCUGAUCCUUUCGUCAAUAGUGCCUCUCAAUCACAAACUGGCAGUGCCCCAUCCAUCUCCUUCUCCAUCACAGCUUGGGCUUGAUGUCUUCCCCUCUCCUACACCAUCUGACCGUGUGUGCGAGUGGAAGGAGAUCGAGUGGGAAAGCCCGCAUAAACACAGAAAAGGAGGCAAAUCUCUUGUGUCUUACAAGCGCAAGGAGGACCUCAUUGUCAUAGCCGGUGCUCUUGGUUUACCAAUUGAUGGGACAGUCAAAGCCCUCAUUGAAAGGAUCAAGUCUCACCUUCAAGGACAUAAGGAGUUAGCAGAUAACCCCCGGUUUGCUGGCCUUUUUGGCCGUCGUGUUCAGGCCCCUGAGGGUUCUAGUCACUCCGGACAAUCAUCCCAAUCACCCUUAUAUUCUAGUGUCAACUCAUCUACUGCGUUUUCCCCCCAGUCUGUCCAGACUCCAUAUUUUUUGGCCACACAAUCGCAAUUUCCUGACCCCACAUUUUACAACGGUUUCUCUGGCCCAGGCUGUAGUACUCCUGGGCCCUCAUAUAACUUCAAUAUCUCUGAGCGUGUUUUACCUCCCCCAACUGAUGGAAAUGGUGUGACAAUUACAUAUUAUAAUGAGUUGGGUCAACCAUACUAUGUUUGGUAG